GUCACUGCGGCCGCUUCCGGACGUGAAAGUUUGCUGCGUAGGGAUAGGGAGACCGGGCCGGAUUGCGGGGAGUGAGCAGGUUCAGCAGUGACGGAAUUCUUAAGAGUCCUGCCCAAGUGAGGGACUUGGGGUGUGGGACAGAGUGGCCCCCAGGGCAGUGGGCGUUGGAAACUGAGAGGCCCUGCGAAGGAGGCUUGGGGAGGGGCUACGGUGACCAGGGGGCGAGGUAUAGGAAGAGGAGAGCGGAAAGCCUUGAGAGUGGGCUUCUUGGAUCCCAAUUGCCCCAGAGGCACAGGCCUGGGCAUCACUGUAUUAUUUCCCGAGGGGAGAAGGGGCUAUUUCCCAUGGGAAGACAAAGUGGGAUGAAUAGUGGACCUUGAGAAGAGGGGGUGGCCAGGAAAAGGUUCCUGAAGGAGGCAGGACCCAGACUGCAGGCUGGGGAGGGUUUGGGCAGCCAGAGGGAGGUGAGGGUGCUGGAGCAGGGGUCAAUCGGUCACUCCGGCCGGAGAUCUGAGUGGCCUCUGCCCCAUCUGCGCUGUGGAGUGCAUCUGAUUGCCAGCCUCGCUGGACCGUUGAGAGGAUUCAUCGAGACCCUGGAUAUGAAUAUGCAGUGUGAACUGAAGUUUGGGGACAUGAGUAAUCAGUCACAGUGGCCCAAGAUUUGAGGUGUAAAUGGAGAAGUCAGAAUGAUUCGCUGCAGCUGUCUGGAACAGGUUGGGUGAGGGCAAGGGUGGGAAAGGUGGCUGAGGCCAGGUUGUGAGAGGCCUUUCAUGGCAGGCUGAGGGGGUUAUACUAUAGGGAGGAUUUUAAGCAGAGGAGCUGGUGGACUGGUGAGCAGGGCAUAUAGGUGACACCAAGCCAACUUGAGAGGUCAGAAUACAUGAUUCCAGAAGGCUAAGGAGAAGGCUGCCAGUAGAGUAAAGGGGAAGAAUUCCCAGGGCGAGGAAAACACAUAAGCCUUUGCGUGUGGAGCUGUGUAAAUCCAAGGUCUGGCCAGGGGGGCUGUGAGAUGCCGUGUGUGCUUGGAGCACGGGAAUGAGAAGUGAGGUGAGGAAGUGGCUGGGCCACCUCACAAAGGGCCUCAAAUUCUAGGCUGAGAAACUCAGACUUGGUCCUGAGGGUAAAGGGGGCCGGAGAAUGUUAUGCAUGGUGCUGAAGUUGCAUUCAACACAGCUGUGAGAAGCAUCUGUCAGGGUCAGGCCAGUGUGGGAGGGGAACUGGAGGCCAGUGUACCAGAUAUGGUGGUCCAGGUGAGAAGGAAGGGGCCAGAACUUGGCUUGGAGAACGGAGGUCAGUGCCCUCAGGGGGUGGAGGUGAUGGAACUUGGUGCUUGUCUGGCUUUGGGGAGUGAGGGAGUGGGUGGAAAUGGGGAUGUUCAAAGUUCUAGAUGGUGUGGCUUCCUCAUGACCAUGUCUUGUGGUUGAGCAGGGGUUCUCUUUGGUGGGGAGCUGGGUAGGGAGGUAAUGCUUCACUUUUGGAUGGGGCAAUCAAAUUCAUUCAUGUAUUCAUUCAACCAGUAUCGAAUUGAUUCCUCACCCUUUCCUGAAAGACCUUUGAUAGAUUCUGAGGGUAGAAUGUUGACCAGGAUGAAGCUGGGCCUUGGAGAGUGGGGAAGGCAGGCAAUAACACAGCAGGCAGUAGAUCAACGAGGCCAUAUCAUGGAUUGUGCUGUGGGAUGUGAAGGAAAUGAACAGACGGAGGACGCAGAGCAGGGCACCUCGAGCUACCAUGGUCACUAAAGGCUGCUAUGACCAAGUGUUCUGUGAGCUGAAACCUGAAGGCCAGGAAGGAGUCACUCUUGUGAGGGGCUGAAAGGAACAUCACAGAGAGGGGAGGAGCUAGCACAAAGGCUCUCCAGAUGGGCGAGGCUGGUGCACUGGGCAAGGGAAAGCCAGCACCAUGGUGCCCAGAAGGGAAGGCAGCUGGGGGGCCAGUCUACGCAGGGCCUUGCAGAGUGUCUGGGUUUACUCUAAGGGCAGAGGGGAAGGUUUUGAUCAUAACACACUGCAGUCUGAAACUCCUGGGCUCAGGCAAUCCUGUCUCAGCUUCCUGGGUAGUUGGGACUGUAGGCAGGCGCCACCACCUCUGCCUAAUUAUUAUUAUCAUUUUUUUUGGAGAGACAGGGUCUCAAUAUGUUGCUGUGUCCCAGAGGGGAAGGUUUUCAGUCAGGGAAUGAUUCUGUGAGCUUAAAAAAUCACUUGGAAAUUGCCAUAGGGAAGGGAGGGAGAAGGCCAGGCAUGGUGGCUCACGCCUAUAAUCCCAGGACUUUGGGAGGCUGAGGCAGGCGGAUCGCUUGAGGCCAGGAGCUCGAGACCAGUCUGGGCAACAGGGUAAAACCCUGUCUCUUCUAAAAUUACAAAAAAUUAGCCAGCCAUGGUGGUGCACGCCUGUAAUCCCAGCUACUCAGGAGGCUGAGGCGGGAGAAUCGCUUGAACCUGGGAGGUGGAGGCUGCAGUGAGCUGAGAUCGUGCCAUUGUACUCAAGCCUGGGCGACAGAGUGAGACUCUGUCUGAAAAAAGACACAGCAACAAAAAAAAACGAGAGGGGAGGGAGAGAGUGAUGGAGGGGGAGGCUGCUGCUGCUAUAAGCUGGGGCUAAAUGGUGGUGGUUUGCGCUGGGGUGGCAGCGGCGAUGGUGGGAUUAUAGGGAAGUGUGUGGCUUGCUGACAGGGGUCAUGUGCACUGACCCGGUGUGGGCAGAGGCAGGUGCUGUCCUGGCCAUCCCACCUGCGGAUGUGUGACCUCAGGCCAAUCACACGAUCUCUUUGAGCUCUGCUUCCCUCAUCUGUAAAACAGGGAUCCUCAUGGAUCCCUUGUAGCUUUCCUUGUAGCUCUGCCCUGAGGAUGCUGUGCGUUUAGCAAUGGCUGUUCCCGAGUGAGGGCUCAAUAAAUGUUGCUUAUUGUUGUCAUUAUUUCUGGGGAUAGUGGGGGUGGGGAUUGUGGCCACUACAGUGCCACUAGUUACAUGGUCUGAAACUCAGGAGAGGGAUUGUGUUAGUCUCAUUGUGUCUCUAUGAGUGAAUACCUGAGGCUGCGUAAUUUAUCAACAAAAGAAGUUUAAUUGGCUCACGGUUCUGCAGGCUAUACAGGACGUGUGGUCCUGGCAGCUGCUUCUGGCGAGGGCUUCAGGAAGCUUACAAUCAUGGUGAAAGCUGCACCUGCAGAUGCUGCUGCUGCCGCCCUCCUGCGAGGCCGUGGCGCCACGUGGCUGGAGGAGGAGCUGCAGCUGUCCCGAGUGCUGCCGCGUGUGCAGCUCUCCAGCGCGGCUGCAGCGCCACCGCGCGUUGAUUUCGACGCCGGAGUCCUUCGCAUGCGCAGCCAGCGCCGGGGCCUCAAGUGCCCCAGGACCUGGCGCAGCCCGCGAGCCCGCAUCAGGCUUCCAGUGGGCCCCGUGGGCAGUGCCAGCCUUUCCCACCUCCGCAUCUGGCAAAGCCUGGCCUUCGCUGCGCUUCGGUGUCGCCACGUGCCUUCUGGAAAUAUCACACCUCCCCACCUGCGCAUGUAGCCGUCUGGCCCUCUGUGGGCCUUGGUUCCCCCAUGUGCCCCGUGGAAAGAACACACCUUCCCCAACUAUCUGGCAGCGUCUGGCCUUCUCCGGGCCUCGGCCUCCCCAUUUGCUGGGUGGAGAAUCACGGCCCGGCCACAUCGGAGCCAAUGGCUGGUCUCUGGACCUCGGUCUCCACAUUUGCUCAGCCGGCAGGAACAUCCCUUCUCCCGCCCUCUACCUCGGUGGGUGGCCACGGCCGAGCAGGCAGCGACGGCCCAGUGGAAAGAGGACAAACCCUUGUGGGCCUUAGGGCGAAGACGUAACUUUGCUUAGUCUCGGUUUAUUGGCCGAUUUCUUGUCAAGCGGCGGAAUCGUUCCGUUCGGGAGGUGGGAGGGGAGCGGGGCCGCCGGGGGCGGGCGUCUUCAGUGGACCCCACGCCUCCGGUCCCCUCCCCGCAGGGCGCUCCGCAGAGGCGAGGGGUGGGAGCGCCGGCUCCAGGCGGCGGAACCUCCGCAUUGGGCUCGCGCGCUUCCGGCCGGCGCCUUUUCCCAGGGACUCCGCCAACCCCUCGCGCCCCCGCGCCCGCGCCCCCAGUCCCCGCGUCCCCGGCGCCGCCGGCCCGGAGCUGCCCGGAAGUCUCGGUUCCGCCGCCGGCGCUCACCAGGGGAAGCCCGGGGCCGCCCGGGACCUCGGCCCGUUCCUCCGGACCCGAGAGGCCGCCGUACGGGCUGCCGCUCCAGAUGCUGCUGCUGCCGCCGCGGCCACCCCACCCUCGGUCCUCCUCUCCGGAGGCCAUGGACCCACCGCCCCCCAAGGCUCCCCCUUUCCCCAAGGCGGAAGGCCCCUCCUCCACUCCUUCCUCGGCGGCGGGGCCCCGACCCCCGCGGCUGGGCCGCCACCUCCUCAUCGACGCCAAUGGGGUCCCCUACACAUACACGGUGCAGCUGGAGGAGGAGCCCCGGGGUCCGCCCCAGCGCGAGGCGCCCCCAGGAGAGCCCGGCCCUCGCAAGGGCUACAGCUGCCCGGAGUGCGCCCGUGUCUUUGCCAGCCCUCUGCGGCUGCAGAGCCACCGCGUGUCGCACUCGGACCUCAAGCCCUUCACGUGCGGCGCCUGCGGCAAGGCCUUCAAGCGCUCCAGCCACCUGUCGCGGCAUCGCGCCACGCACCGCGCCCGCGCCGGGCCGCCGCACACCUGCCCGCUCUGCCCACGCCGCUUCCAGGACGCCGCGGAGCUGGCGCAGCACGUGCGCCUCCACUAAGCUCGAGACCCGGCCUGUGCUGCCCUGCCCAUCUCAGGGUCACCAAGUCUGACCCACACAGCGUCACUCACUCCCACACACACCCCCUGGCUCUGCUGAGGUUACUGCCUUACCCUGGGCCUCAGUUUCCCCACCUUCCAAAGGGAGGAGCAUCAUUCCUUCCUUACCCCCUUUCUAGCUGUGUGAUGUAGACCAAAGUCGUUGCCCCUCCCUGGGCCUGGGAACCAGUCGGAACUGGGUUCCAGUCCAGCUGUGCUGUGUGAGCCUGUGCAAGUGACAUGACCUCUCUAAACCUUGGUUUUCUGCUCUCUGGAGCGGUGAACCGGUGGUUGUCUGCGGGGAAGAGAUGAUAAAGAGCACGGGCACGGUCUGGUUCAUUUCUGUAUCUACCCCCUUCCGCCCACGCCCCCGACCCUUUGCUCAAUAAACAUUCCGCACUCCA